ACAAAAAAAGGGGUGCUUUGGGAUUUUUCACAUAUUAUUUCCCAGUUGCUGUGCACUGAUGUAUUGACAGGAUGGCAAGAAUAAUCUGAAAUCCCAAAAUCACCUCAGCUUUUUUGAAGGUAGAGUUAUACUGGGGAUUAUAAUACCCCAUAGGGACUUCAGAAAACUGGAUACAGGGUUCACAAGAAGAAUUUUUUGGACCUACUCCUGAAUGAACUGACCACGACAUAACUGGUGCUGGAGUAAUGUGUGUUACUAAGACAGACUGAAGCUGUAUCCCCGUUGGUUUGGUUUGUGGUUUAUUUUUCUCUUUUGGUUAGUUAAUUAGUUAGUUUUGGUUUUGUUUUUGUUUUUUCUGGUGUCCUGCCUGCUGCUUGAUGUAGCUCUUUAUAUAGUGCGAUUUAUAGAGCACUUCUUUUAAACAUGCAAAUAAUUUCUUUUUAUCACAGAUCAUAAAAGCUAAAUGCUGUUUUAGGACCAUUGCAAGAAUAGGUACUAAAUUCAUGUAAAUUGUAAUGCUCCUUCGUGGCAUUUUGCACAGGAGUUAGGUGAUAUCCCUGAAAUUACAGAAUCAUUAACUGUGUUGCUGCUGACAUUACCUGCUAGAACUCUUCACAUGUAGGCAUUUCUUAUAAUGUUUAAUGAAUGGAUGCUAACGCUUUGUAUUGUAAAUUACAAUCUUUUGACUCUGUAGGUACUUAAUGAAAAGGAUUAUUAUUUUUGUUUCCACUUUCCAGAUGGAAAUGUCAGAAGAUGAUAAUAACAUGGAAGAAUACCCCACUGAAAUUCAUGAUUAUCUUGCAGCAUUUGAAAAGUCUCUUGGUUCUGUAGAUGAGAUGCUGAAGACAAUGAUGUCAGUUUCUAGGAGUGAGCUUUUGCAAAAGUUAGAUCCUCUUGAGCAAGCAAAGCUAGAUUUGGUUUCGGCGUACACACUAAAUUCUAUGUUCUGGGUAUACUUGGCUACCCAGGGAAUCAAUCCAAAGGAGCAUCCCGUGAAACAAGAACUGGAGAGAAUAAGAACAUACAUGAACAAGGUCAAAGAAAUAACAGACAAGAAAAAGGCAUCUAAACUUGAUAAAGGAGCUGCUUCUAGAUUUGUAAAAAAUGCACUCUGGGAACCAAAUGCAGAAAAUGAACAUACUUCCAAAACUUCUGCUAAAGGAAAAAAGCUACAAAGGAACUGAAUCUUCUUUUCCCCUCAUAGGAAAUGCAGACACCUAGAACUGACUUGGAAAUGUUUUGCAUACUGCCUGCAUCUCAUAGAAAUGUUCUAUAACAGGUUAAUUUAUACUCAUGAACUUCACAGGAUUGUGUUUUGUCCAGAACACUUGUCACUGAGCUGGUCACAUUUAAUGUGUAUCUAAAAGUGCCAUUUGAUGCACAUUUGAUAUUUCAUUACUCAAAUGAUAAUGACCUGACAUAUACUUGCUGGUAAUAAAUGCUAGUGAUGUUUUGUUUAUAAUGCCUGUAAUUUCAAUUUUUUAAUGAUUUAUUGACAGUUUUUAAUGUUCUCAACCUCCUCAAU